AUGGACUCAACAACAGGCCCCCAGCAACCCUGGUUCCUCCAGUCGUCCUACCCGGUCCUCUUCCCGGCUCACGAUGCCCUGAGACAGUCGCAGGCAGACUUCGAGACCUUCAUCCGCCAGGAUCUCAGCCGUCGCCAUGACCAGACCGCCGCUGACGCUCCCGCGGUCGGAGAGGACAAGGAUAUGACCGAGGUUGACGAGUCGGAGACUUUCACUCUUGUCACCGACUCCACGUCAGCCGAGAUCCGGAGGGGACUCGACCACAUGCAGGCGUCCCAACCAUCCCACCCCUUCAUGGAUGCCCUGUUGAAUGCCGACAAGAAGCAGGAGGAGCCUGCUCGGAACCUCGAGGGGAUGAUGAGCACCGAGAAUGGGGACUUGGCUUUCCGAUCCACGAAUGACGCCCUCGUCGAUCUCUUCACUGAGCUCGAGGAGGUUGUUUCGGGGCCUCGCCUCAUGGAACUGCUCAAUGCCGCCUGGGGAGCUGACCCGCUCGCUACCCUCAAGAUCAUCUUCAACGCCCGAUCCAUCCAUCUUGGCAAGAGCUCCAAGCGAACCUUCUACCGCUGCGCCGGCUGGCUGGCUCAGAACCACCCAUUGACCCUUGUGGCCAAUUUGCGAUGGCUGAGCCGCCCCGUCAUUGAGAAGAAGACGGCCAAGAAGGAGGGCGAGGACGACAUCGUCAUCGUGGAUGAAAAGGACGACAGUGACCCCACCAAGUUCGACGUUCAGUACGGCGUCGCUCACGGAUAUUGGAAGGAUCUCCUCAACAUCCUUGCCCUGGCAGCCAACAACAAGCUCGACGUGCUAUCGAACCCUCGAGAUGUCCUGAACACCGAGAACCCUGGCAUUAGUCAGGGCAAGAGCGCUCGCCGAGCCUCCUCUCGCGCACGAGGUCGAGGCGGAAGGGGACGAGGCGGAUCUCGAGGGAGAAUGACUCGAGACCAGCGCCAUGAGGCGGCAGUCAACGCCUUCAACACGAACCCGGUGUAUCGUGCCCUGCACUUGACCAUCGCUCGUCUGUUUUCAGAACAGCUCGAAGUCGACUUGCGUGCCCUUCGCGGAGACGACGCCAAGGCGAAGCGAAACAUCUCGCUCUGCGGCAAGUGGGCUCCCUCGCACGACCGCUUCCACGACAAGCACACCUUCAUCGUCAGCUCGAUUGCCGAGAUCUUGUAUCCCCGCGAUUCACUGGAUGAAGCUCUCUCGCCUACCGAUGAUCGUGAGACGUAUCUCCGCCACGCCCGCGAGCAGUACCGAAAGGAUACCUCUGCUCUUCGCAAGCAGCUGGAUAUUGUCGAGCGGAACCUCUCCGCCAACACGAUCAAGAACAUCAAGUACGACCGUGUCCCGUCCAUCGCAAUGAGCAACUACUCGAAGCUCUUCAUCCAGAAGGAUCUUGAUGGCUUUGAAAAGUACAUCGAUCGUGUUGCCGAGGGCAAGGCAAAUAUCUCUGGCGCCACGCUGCUGCCCUCGACGCUCUUGUACAAGGCAAAGACUCAGGCCAUGACAAUCGAACUGACGGAAGAGAGGAAGGCGACCAUGUCGCCAGAAAAACUCGUUCAGGCCAAGAUCAACGCGAUUGAGGCCAAGGUAGUCGACGGCCAGUGGAACGCCUUGGUGCAGCGCAUCAAGGAUUCCGGCAACCUUGAGAACAGUCUCGCCGUGUGUGACGUCUCUGGCAGCAUGGGCCACCCCAUCUUUCCUGACAAGACGUGCCCGAUGGACUCUGCCAUUGGAUUGUCCCUUCUGAUUGCCGAGGUCACCAAGCCUCCAUUCGGAGGGUCGUUCAUUACCUUCAGCAGCGACCCUGAAGUGGUGAAGCUGGAUCUCAGCAAGCCUUUGGUCGACAAGUAUUUGUCAAUGUCGCAGGCGGAAUGGGGCAUGAGCACAGACUUUGUUGCCGUGUUUGAGAGGCUCAUCCUCCCUAUUGCCAUCUCAAACAGUCUCAAGCAGGAGGACAUGGUGAAGAGGGUCUUCGUCUUCAGCGACAUGCAGUUCAACGAUGCUGGAGAAGACACGUACAACAGAAGGUCAGACAAGACGCCUUGGGCCACCUCCUUCGAGCGGAUCAAGAAGAAGUUCGAGGAUGCCGGAUAUGAGUUGCCAGAGCUGGUGUUUUGGAACCUGGCUGGUGGCCGGUCGGGCUAUGGCGGGCAAUGGGGAGACCCAGUUGCCCCGAAGCCUGUCACUUCGACCGAGGAUGGAACAUGCCUCGUCAGUGGCUACUCGCAGGGCAUGCUGAAGGUCUUCCUGGAUAACGGCGCGUUCGAGGAUCCCGAAGAGGAAGAGGACAGCGAGGACGAAAUUGUGAUCUCGAAGGAUGGGGACGAAGUCACGCAGGAGAAGCCCAAGAAGAAGGCCAAGAUGGAUCCAAUGGCGAUUGUCAAGAAGGCCAUCGGUCACAAGGCGUACGACAUGUUGCAGGUUGUCGACUGA